UCGCCGGGCGGGGCGGGGCGGCGCGGGGGGGGUGGGAAGAUGGCGGAGGCUUCCCCGCAGCCGGGCCGCUUCUUCUGCCACUGCUGUUCGGCCGAGAUCGCUCCCCGCCUGCCCGACUACAUUUGCCCACGGUGUGAAUCUGGUUUUAUUGAAGAACUUCCUGAAGAGCCAAGGAACACCGAGAAUGAAACUAGCUCCUCUGCAUCAACCAGUGAUCAGAAUAGGCAUCCUUUUGAGAACGUGGAUCAGCACUUGUUCACUUUGCCUCAGGGCUAUGGCCAGUUUGCCUUUGGGAUUUUCGAUGAUGGCUUUGAGAUUCCAUUUGGGUCCAAUGUGCAGUCAGAAGACAACAGAGAUUCUGAGAACAGGAGGGAAAGAGAGCAUCAGUCCCGGCACCGGUACGGUGCGAGGCAGCCCCGGGCUCGUCUCGCCACGCGGCGUGCUGCUGGCAGGCACGAGGGUGUUCCCACUUUGGAAGGAAUCAUUCAGCAGCUGGUCAAUGGUAUUAUUGCACCUACAACAAUACCAAACUUAGGACUCGGUCCUUGGGGAGUCUUGCAUUCAAAUCCAAUGGACUAUGCCUGGGGUGCUAACGGCCUGGAUGCAAUUAUUACACAGUUACUAAAUCAGUUUGAAAACACUGGACCACCGCCAGCAGACAAAGAAAAGAUCCAGGCCCUCCCCACGGUACAGAUCACACAGGAACACGUAGAUUCUGGGUUAGAGUGCCCUGUGUGUAAAGAAGACUAUACAGUUGGGGAAAAUGUCCGACAGUUACCUUGCAAUCACCUAUUCCAUAACAGCUGUAUAGUCCCUUGGCUGGAGCAGCAUGACACGUGUCCUGUGUGCCGGAAGAGCCUAAGUGGACAAAACACUGCUACAAACCCCCCUGGACUCACAGGGAUGAACUUCUCAUCAUCAUCCUCCUCCUCUUCUUCCAGCUCACCAAGUAACGAAAACUCAUCGAACAACUCAUGAAUCUUAAACCAACCCUCUGUCCCUGGGGCCCUGUCCAUUGUCCUUCUUCCCUCCCCAGCCAACAUAAGCAGCAAAAGGGGCUUCCAGAGCAGAGCAAGGGGAGGGUAGCAAGGGGGAAGCAGCACCCCCAGAAUUCCCUUUUGAGUUCUGAAGACACGGAGACUCUGGAUCCUUCAGAGAUGAGAAGCCUCAAGUUCUGUCAUGGGGAAAGAGCUCUGUCUGUUAAUAAAAUUCAUCCCUUUGCCACGUGGACUUUUAACAAUUGCAGUGAAAGGCUGCAGUGCUCCACAGAUGGGAAACCUAAGGCACUGAGCUAAUGGUUGCAAUUCUGAAUGGAAAGGUUGUUUGUAAGGUUUUGAAUUUGAGAUUCCUUUUUUUUUUUUUAUUGCUUUUCCUCCUCCUCCUCCUCCCCUUAGAUACUAUCUCUUCUGCUUUGGAGAUUGAAAUCUUAAAAAUGAAAGCAUAAUGAUACUGCCUCCCUCCCAGGAUCUUCAUCUGGGGAGGGCAAAUAGUUGUCACUGAGCAAAUGAACUCUUGAAACAGACCCCAUUAUCCUUCCCUUCUCCCCCCCAUCUCGAGUCCCAUUUAUUUUUCUUUACAACCUUACCCUUCUGAUACUCAACACUGAAAGGGGGUUUUUAUAAUUUUAAAUUAUUACUGCUGUUUAAAUAAAUGGACGUUUCAGCUCAACGAGACGUUAUGCAUGAUUUGAGGAAAACUACAGGGUAAGGUCUCCAGAGACUGCUGUGCUGAGCAGCCUGGUUUCACCCAAGGGCAGGCUGGGCUUGUCCAAGCCCUCCUGGCAUGCUGAGUGCAGGUAUGCUGGGAGUUCCAGGCUUCAACGUGGCCAACACCCCUCUGUGCAUUGUCAGCCCGUGGGUUGUUGAGGGGCUGGCUGCAAGAUUGCAUCUGAAAAGCAUACUUGCCUGGUCCUUUUUGUAUUUUUUACAUCUCCCUGUUGCAGUUCUGAACAGACUUUUCCACUGUUAACAUCAGGACUGGGCGUGCGUCAGUGCAAGGACCAGCCACAUCUCAUUGUGAUCAAAUAAUAUACAGGAAAAACAAGAUUUUGGAGAGAAAAGAAAAAUAAAAUAUGUAUUUCAAAGUUACUUAAAAUACAGCUGAUUAAAAAAGGAGAGAGAGACA